AUGUUUCCCUUUUUCCCCGAGGUGGCAAAGCUGCCCCUCCAGGCGAUGCGCAACCAGAUCAUCGCGUCGUCCAUCCGGGCCAAGGGGAAUAUCGACCGUCUGCAGAUGGCAUUCUACGGCGCGUCGAGGACGGGCAAAUCGAGUCUGGCCGAAGCUCUGAUCCGGUGCUUCCAGGCCCCGAACGUGUACGUCGACUGCGAGCAGCUCGAGCCGACCGACAUCCGGGGAGUGAGCGGCGCGGCGCGGCCCUUUGUCAGAAGGACCGGCUAG